AUGGCACUACACAUCUUUUCAAUGUUUCAAAAUUCACACUCCAACACUGCCAUUCUCCGCGAAAUCUCUGACAAUAUUGGAAACAAACCAAUGUCCAUCGUUCCCGAACCCAUCGAUGCCGUCUACACAUGGGUUAAUGGAUCUGACCCAAAUCUCAUUAGCGCUGUCGCUGAAAUUAAAAGGAAAUUAAGAGAUCCAAAUAUGCCAGAAUGUAAAGAUAAACAAGACCCAAGUAAACAUAAUUGUUACAAGGAUGGGAAUAGUGCCAAUCGAUUUGUUGAUAAUCAGGAAUUAAGAUAUUCGUUGAGAUCGUUGGAAAAGUAUGCUCCAUGGAUUAGACAUAUCUACAUUGUCACUAAUGGACAAGUACCUAAUUGGUUGAAUGUUGGACACCCGAGAAUAUCGAUUGUGCAACACAAGGAGAUCUUUGUAAACAAGUCUCAUUUACCAUCAUUUAGUUCACCGUCGAUCGAGAGUCAUCUACAUCGUAUCCCCGGUCUCUCUAAACGUUUCAUCUAUCUCAACGACGACGUUAUGUUUGGUAGACCUGUUUACCCAGACGAUUUCGUUCAAAUGAGUGGACAACGUGUCUACUUGUCAUGGCCUGUUCCAAAUUGUAAUGACGGGUGUCCAAACAAUUGGGUAGGUGAUGGUUUUUGUGAUGCUGCUUGUAAUGUUACCAUGUGUGAUUUUGAUGGUGGUGAUUGUAAUAACAGUACUGGUCAAAUUAAAACAAGAUGGUGGAAUCGAAAUUCCAAUUUGAAUGGUGGAGGUUCAACAACUACAUCAACAAGUAAUGCAAUUAAACCCAAACAAUAUUGUUCAAAGGGGUGUCCAGACUCUUGGAUUGGUGAUAGACACUGUGACAGAAUGUGUAAGAACCUUGAAUGUGGUUUCGAUGCCGGUGAUUGUGGUGUUGAAAUGAUGUUUAAUUCUCCAAUGUUGGGUUAUGAUAUUACAAAUCAGACAUUAAUUCAUUUACCAAAUGGAACCUAUUCAGUUUAUUUUAAUUUAUCAACAUUGGUUGGAACGAAUGCGACCAUUACAGAUGGAUCACAUGAUAAUGCCGUGUUGGUUAGAACAGCUACCAUCUCGCAAAAGAAUAAGAUUAUGACAUUGACCUUUAACAGGAAUAUCGAGUAUCAACGUGUAGCAGUGACUAUCACCUAUGACAAGGCUGCCACAGCUCCCAAAGUACCAGAUGGUAUCGUUGCCAAUGGUGUAGUUGUAAAAGAUAACUCUUAUACCAAGGAUUUUAAUAUUACUCUAUCUACAAUGGACGAACAACCAAAGGAUUCUACAAGUACCAGUACCAGUACAAGUACAAGUACAACUGGAUCAACAACAACAACUGGAACAACAACAACUAUUAAUAAUAAUACACCAAGAGGAUCAAGAAGAACACCAAUUUCAUCAUACACAUCAAUGGUUGCAAAUAAUAAUAAUAAUAAUCUAUAUGAACAGGAACAAGAUGAACAAGAGGGACAAGAACAACAACCACAACAAGAAGAAGGAGAUGAAAAUGGUGGUAUUGGAAAUUUAGAAGGAGAUGAUAAUAUUGGUAAAGGUGAACAACCAAUUCAAUUGACAGAGACUGAAGUUGAUGAGAAUGCAACUACACCAACCACACCAUCAGAAACUGCUAGUGUUAACAAGGUUGGUGAAACUGUCCUUUUCACUCAAACUGAAGUCAAUGAUAAUCAUGAUACUCCUGUACUUGGUGACCAAGCAAAGGAACAACAAGGUGGUGGUGGUAGACAAAUGUUGACUGUUGACUAUGUUGGAGAUAGCUAUAGUUCUGAAUCUCAUUCUGAUGACGACUCAUCAUUUGAAAUGAGGUAUGAACCAACCGAACAAAAAGAAUUGAAUCAAAUCAUCAAACAAAAAGAACAAGAUUUGGAAUUGGAUCGAUUGGAAAAAGAGGAGAAUGAAUAUGACCGUAAAUACAUGUUAAAUAGAGAGACUGAAAGAGCUAUUAGAGAACAAGGUGGUGAACAAGUAUUCCCAUGGGAAGAAGAAGAAAAAGUGGAACAACAACAGGUCAUGCCAGGUACCCAAAGAAAGACAUUAGAUAUGUUUGGUGACUCUUUAAAGUUUGUAAAUAGACUAUACACUGUUGAAUUUGGUGCUGCAUCAAGAAAGGUUCCUGCUCAUAUGCCACAUAUGAUUGAUGUUGAUGUUAUGAAAGAAUUACAAGCCAAAUGGCCAGAACAAUGGGAUGCAACAAGUAGUCAUCCAUUGAGACACCCAAGAGAUAUGCAAUUUGCAUUUUCAUAUUUUUAUUAUCUCAUUCAUAAACGCAAGGAAUAUGAUAUCGAUAAGUUGUGGAGCGAAGAGUUUGACGGCAACAGAGACGGUGUGUUGGAUCUGAACGAACUGCGUAAUAUCGGUGUUGCAUGUCUCGGUACACCACUCCGAAACACUUGGAAUGAUUUCAAGAGUCAUUUGUAUAGAAGUUGUUUGGAGCAACGUCAACAACGACAAUUCCAACAGGGACUGAUUGAAAAGCUAGAGGACCUUGGCAACCAUACCAUCCGAGUCGGCGACCUUGAGUUGCAAGACUGUCCCAUCACCAAGGACGUGUUGAUUCAUUCCAACAAGACAAUGGAAGAGAUUAAAAAGACAUACUCGAAGCGUAGCUAUUGGAGAACUACGAUUGACGGUACCGACGAAGUCGCCUUUGUCAUGGUCGUCGAUAAUGACACUGUAUCCCAAGGUAAACUGGACGGUAUCCGUCAAAAACGUCAUAAAUUUGUUUGUCUCAACGAUGACUUUGAUCAUGACAAACCAACUGCUCAUCUCGUUGAAAAGGUUGUCUUGGACUUUUACAAAGCAAUGUUCCCAUGGCCAUCUUCCUUUGAAUUAUCUUCAAAUGAAUUUAAUAAUUUUAUGUAUAUUGAUGAUUAUAAUGAAUUAUUUCCUCAACAAAUGCACAAAGACGAUGAUUGA